UCGUCGUCGUCCAGGCCAGUUGAGCCAGUUGAGCGAGAUUCUUACUGUAGUACGUGCGCGGUUCCUCUGCACUGCAUUUCCAGCCAGCAGCCUCAUCCGCGGGGCCAGCCAAGUGAAAAGAGAGUGGUGUGGAUCUUCUUCGAGGUGAAAUUUGGCCGAGGGUAUUCCAACGGGAAAACAAAUUCAACGCAAUAUCCACGAUAGGAGGGCGGAACGCGUGAAAUUGAAGGGAUUUCGGGAAACUUUCGGGCAAAAGGUCGCCGAAAAAAGUGGUUCGUGAGGAGUUGGCUGCGUGUUGAAUUGGGCGAAGAAAAAAAAACGAGAUGUCCUUACAUUCAAUUUGUGAUAAAUAGUAAUGGUGGUCGACAGUGUGUGAACAAGAGAGGCAAGAAAAAGAAACGAACGACGGCGAACCAGUUUUUUUCGCGAAGAAGUCUGGCCGCGAGAAAAUCAGGUUUUUCGCGACGAAACGACUUUGGCCAAAAGGAAGAGAAGCACAAAAAAAGUGAUGCAAAAAUUCCGCUUCAAUCGCUAGGUUCUGGAUAAGGCCCCCCCUCCCUCGAAAGUGUGUCUGCAAAGUGGCCACUUUUGCCAGCUCGAGCGACCGAAAAAAAAACGCAAACGAGACGGAGAUAGUGUGAUAGAGUGAGAGUCUCGAUCGAUCCACCUCAGCAGCUUUUUUUGUUUCCUGUGCCCACUUGGAACAACAUUCGACGUUGGCAGGCAGCAAGUCGCCAAAAGCGACCGCUGGAACCCGUUUUACCCCGCUGCAAACUGUCGUGCGUGCAAAAGCGGCCCUCAAAAGGUCUAGCAAGAUUUUUGGAUAUUCCCAUUGGAUCUCAACUCAAUCUCGGGGCCAAAGGUUGCAUUUUCCUACCCAGAGAAAAGCCUCAACGUUCCCAAGCGACGCUACUGAAAGCUAUCGUGUCACGGAAGCACCCACAGCACCAGUUUGCCGUCGUUUGUUAUCAUCUGUUUUAUCUGUGAUAUUAUUAAUCGAUUCAUUUCGGCGUAACGAGCGUAUCCUUCCGGGGGAUUCCAAGUCCGUCCUUGAAGGCUAAAGGUGCUGAUUCCCCCUGGCCAAUGAAAAACACAAAGUGAAGGAUUGGGAAAAGUUUCGCCGAACCCAGAUGAACAUUAGAACCAGCAAGGAAGACCGCAAGUGCGACUCUGUAGUGACAGUGUUGGGCGAGUGUGUGAGAAAGGGAAACCAAUUGGAGGAGCAGUGCUCAAAGACUUUAUCGUGCGAGAUAGCGCACCAAAACCACUAAACAUAAAUUGUGCCAGCAAAACAAGUCCUCUUCCACGUGUGUGACUGAACAAAAAAAAAGAAGCUGCUAGAAUCGAACACUGUACUGUUAGAACGAGCAAAACUACAAUCACAAUUUUCGACGGACAUGGAAUGCAAUAAUAUCUACUGAAAUAUUUAAAUUCAAAUACGAGCGCAAAUUUUUGUGAGAAACAAAGCAACAACACAAAAUUUUAUCUUAUAAGCAAAUGAUAAUAUGAUCUAUCCCACGUGAAAGUUUACAUUGAAGAAAAAGAAGAACAACUAAAAGUGCACAUAUACCCAGAAUCUUAACUUGCCCUAGCGGCAAACCGGCAAACAUUUUAAACAGUCAUUUCUUGUUAGCAAGUAAAGAAAAUCACUAAACAAAGUAUCUGUGAGUAAAAAUAAAUCAAUUCAAAGCAAAAUUCACACGUAAUCUGUCGUGUGUAAUUUGAAAACGAGCCUACACAUUAACUGAAACUCAACUCGCUGUGACCGCCGCUGUGACGGCAAACAGCAAAACCAGUACAGUAAGUGAGUGUUAUCAACGUUCUGUCUGCUUUUAUCUGUGGUUUAAGUGUAAUCUCAAGAAGCUGAAUCGACCUACGAACGAAAAGUGAAGUAACAAGCAACAACAGCUAAUGAUAACAAUAAUUUUAACAACAACAACAACAACAACAAAAACAGUGACUCUGACGAUAUCAGAACAAUUAUAAAAAUCAUAACUGUGUUCCACGAAGUGAAAGAAGAGGAAGAAGACGAAUAAGACAACAAACAAAAAAUUAAAGCUUUAGUAAAAAGUGGUUAGAACAAACUCGAAGAGACUUAACCAGUAGAUUACCGUGUGGCGUGAACGAAGAGGGGUUCCCACCUGCUUCGCAGCCGCAUCGAUCGGAAAAGACUGUUCAGAGAGAGAGAGACAAUUUUACAACAAGUGAAUAGAUUAAUCAGAACAAAAAACUCUAGUGAAAUACUAAGCGUGCUGCAACGUGAAGAAGCUGAACUGUUCCUAGUAUCGAGCAUUCCAAAUAACAAAAGUAUCUAGCAUCAAACCAACACAAACAAAAGAGAACAAACGGGUGCAUCUGCUGCAAAGAUCUGGCCAAACUGCCAACCAACCAUCGUAAGUGGAAAAAAGGGGUAGGAAGAGACCAGUGAAUACUGCAAGAACAGAAGAUAUUCAACGUUACUCAAAAUAUCCGACACAAACAAGUCUGAAUACGCUUUUACGAAAAAAACAAAAACUUUAGUGAGUACGCGAGUGAGUGAGGGUGAGAAGCAUGAGCCGGUUUUAAGGAACGGUCUCCAGAACAUUAUCAUGGGUGCAAUAACAAACGCGAUCGCCACAGGUCGUGAGUCGCGUCAGAAGAUUGUCGCUUGCAAGGACGAGCAAGCUAACAACAACAUCAACAGCCAUAACGUGAAGAAAGUGAAUAAUAAUAAUAAUAAUGAUUACACUGUGAAUAUGAUAUGUGAUUUUAUUGAUUACCUGAUUAAAUUUAACGUUAAUCGUAGCGUAAGUGUAGUGAAGAUGGAUUUGCUGGCACUCCAGCAACAGCACACCACAAAUGACCAAAUUGUAGUUGAUAAGGCCAAACAGUACUACGAGUCAGCAGACGAAACCGCGACGAAGCCAGUCACAUCAAACGGAAGUUACACAUCAUUCGACGAGCUUUUGAGACUAACCGAGCGCCAGCGUGCCAUGGAGGCCACCGGGAUGGAUCUGUCCCGCUGUCUGCGUCUCCGUGGCGGUGGCGAAAGUUCACUGAACAAUGGAACCAGUGCUUGGGGUUCACCACCGGCAACUGCUGGAACCGCUUCCUGGGGUGCUCCGCAGCAACAGGGAGGCUGGGGAAACGCCGGACCAAACACAAACCAACGGCCAGACCUGGGAAAACCGAUGCAACCACCGCAAGGUGGCAACGGAGGACCACUGGUAGGUCCGAACAACAGUGGCUCAAACAGCUGGAACCAGGUGGUCAAACCACCACUACAGCCUCCACCGCAACAACAGCCACCAAUGCAGCCAAAUCAACCGGGACCACCCGGAGGCAACCCAGGAAACAACUCAAACCAACCACCAUCGGUCAAUCAACAACAACCGCCACCUCAACCAACCCCUGGCGUCAACCCACAGCCCGGUGUACCAACCCAGACAUCUUCCGCCAAGCUGGAACAUCUCAACUCGAUGCGUGAAGCACUGUUCGCCGUCGACGGCUGGGGAUGUCAGCACGUCAACCAGGACACCCAGUGGGAUGUCCCAGCUUCACCGGAACCGGCCAAAGAUGCGAUCAAACAGAUCAUCAACAACGGAACGGAACUGUGGGAAACGAACCUGCGCAACGGUGGUCAACCAUCGCAGCAACCAACGCAGAAGGUUCCGUGGUGCCCGCAAGGUAACCACGGCGGUACCUGGGGCGUAGACGAUGACAACAAUCCGGAAAAUAACAGCGUUUGGGCUGGUGGUGCCGGCGGAGGUGCCGGAGCUGCCGCUUUGCCCCCGGGAGGUGGUGGUGGUGGCAACGGAAACCCUCCGGUUGCUGGACAACCAAACUGGAACCAGAACAGUGGCGCCAUGUGGCCUCCAAAUGUGGCUAACGCUCCACCCAAAAAGGAACCGGAAUGGACUGGAAAUGUUGGAGUAGCCGGAGCCGGUGGAAACAACUGGGAAAACCGUGGAGCCGUAGCUCCGCCUCCACCACCUCACAUCCCUGCUCCCCCCUUGGACAUGGGCAACGUAGACAUGCGCAGCAUGCGUCCACCGGGCAGCAUCGAACCAAACCGGGAAUUCCGUGGAGACCCACGUGGAAUCUCCGGUCGCUUGAACGGAAACUCGUCCGGAAUGUGGGAACAGCACCCGAUGCCAAACACUCCACUCAACAAGAUGCCGCCGCAAGCCCCACUGCUGAACGCUACCGGAAAUCAAUGGCCCGUUGGAGCCGGAGGACCACAGAACAUUCCACCGACAAAGCCCCAACCCGGAUGGGACGAAGCAUCGCCACCGGCAAACCGUCGUAACAUUUCCAACAUGGACGAGGGCAGCUCCUUGUGGGGAGCCCCGGCCAAUAUGAACCGACCCAACGGUCCGGAUGCGAUGGUCCGCAACGGUAGAAACCCACUUGGAGGAAACUCCGGACCCAUUGGGCCGGGUGGUCUUGGUGGUCCGAGAUUGGGAGGACCAGGAAAUCAAAUGAAGUCCGACAACAUGUGGGGACACGGUGGGCCGGGCUCGAUCCGUAAUGGCUCGUGGGGAGACGACGGCAACGUCGGAAACUGGGAAGAGAAGGGCCCCGGACCGCAGGGUGGCGUCGGCGGUGGCUCCACUUGGAACGAAGGAAAUCCGGCGACUUGGAACAACAACAAGAAACCUAUGGUCGGUGGUGGCAACGUUUGGCCCGAAACUUCAGACCUGAUCGGAGGAGAAUGGGGCGCUGGCGUAGGUAAACCACCGAACAAGCACAACCCGCAGGACAUCAUACGCAGCAGCAAGCAGUUCCGUAUCCUGUACGAAAUGGGCUUCAAGAAGGAGGACAUUGAACAGGCUUUACGUACGGCGAAUAUGAGUCUGGAGGAGGCGAUGGAAAUGCUGCAGACUCAGCGUAACAAUGGAAACAAUAUGGCCGACUGGAGACGCCACGAUGAUCACCCGGGUGGUGGCUUUGAGCCACCGUUCUCCGGAGGACGUUUCCCAGGUGGUGGAAAUGGACCUUCGCUACCGUUCCCUCAGAAUCCAAACGGACCCAACAACAACAACAUGCCCGGCGGCAUGGGAGGUGGUGGCGGCGGCGGCGGUAAUCCGAACCUGGCUGGUCUGAACAGCCUCAGCAAGGCGAACCUGCAAAGCUACCUGAACCAGGCUCCACCAUCCGGACCGGGUGGUCCGUUCAACCAGGGUGGACCAAACGGAAUGGGCGGAGCUGGCGGUGCCGGAACUGGCGGAGGGCUCGGAGGGCAAAACUCCUCCGCUCAACCGUCCACUCAGCAGUUGCGCAUGCUGGUGCAGCAGAUCCAGAUGGCGGUUCAGGCGGGUUACCUGAACCACCAGAUUCUGAACCAACCGCUGGCACCGCAAACGUUGUUCCUGCUGAACCAGUUGUUGAAUAAUAUUAAGCAACUUCAAGUCACCCAAAACAGCCUGCAGCGCGGAGGUGCCGGUGGCAACGCCCAGAUGUCGAUGAUUCCCAAGAUCAAGCAGCAGAUUGCCGGGCUGCAGAACCAGAUCGCCACUCAGCAAGCGAUCUACGUGAAGCAGCAACAACAGCAGCAGCAGCAACAACAGUCGGGAGGUUCCUCGAACGUCGGCGGUCACCUCGGUGGUAACUUCCACCGAGAGCAGAACGAUUUGACCACCCUGCAGAACAGCCUGUCGGAGAUGGGUCUGGGCGGUAAGGAUCCGAGUGGACCGUAUCAUCAUGGUCCCGGUGGAGGGGCUGGCAAUUCGGGUGGGGGAUCUGGUCCAACGAGCCAGCAGUCUCGGCUGAAUCAGUGGAAGUUGCCGGCGAUGGACAAGGACAGUUCGCACGAUUUGACGGAUUUCUCGCGCGCUCCGGGAACCACUGCCAAGUCAUCGCUGGCUGCGCCAGGUUCGGGCAUGCCUGGACUGGGUGGAUUGCAAGGGGAUAAUACUUGGUCUACGGGCCGUGGUAGCAUUGGCGACGGUUGGCCAGAUUCCUCAGCGGAUGUUGGCAGUAAGGAUUGGCCAUCCAACCAGGACAGCUUCACCGAUUUGGUUCCCGAGUUUGAACCAGGAAAGCCGUGGAAGGUAGGAUUUUCACUAGUAAUACAAGCCGACGGUCGACCAAACAUUUCUUACAUUUUCCAGGGAAAUCAAAUGAAGAUCGAGGAAGAUCCGACCAUUACACCCGGAAGCAUCGCUCGUAGUCCGAUCGCUUCCAUCUCGAUCGCCAAGGAUUCGGAUCUGUUUGCCGGAAGCAGCAAACCCUCGCCGACGGACUCGAUCAGCCUGUCGUCGUCGACCUGGAGUUUCAAUCCGAACAACAACUUCACCAGUUCCAUUUCCAAACUGGCGGAGAACAAGAACACCUGGUCCGACAGUGGCACUUCUGACCUUUGGGGAUCCGGCUUGGGUGGUGGCGGCGGCGGCGGAGCAGGUGCAGCUGGCAAGGCUCCACGUGGUCCACCGCCGGGAUUGUCUGCCGGGAAGAAUCCCGGCGGCGGCGGCGGUUUUGGAUCAAACGGAUGGAACCAACGUCCGGGUCCGACCGGUGGCAACUGGGCCGGAGGACCGGCAUGGUACUCCACGUGGGUUCUGCUGAAGAACUUGACUGCACAGAUCGACGGUUCAACCUUGCGCACGCUGUGCAUGCAGCACGGUCCGGUCCAGAACUUCCACCUGUACUUGAACCACGGUAUCGCCUUGUGCAAGUACCUGUCCCGCGAGGAGGCUAACAAAGCCCAACAGGCCCUGAACAACUGCGUGCUGGGCAACACGACCAUCUGUGCCGAAUCGCCACUCGCCAGCGAGGUGCAGACCAUUUUGCAGCACUUGGGCAUCCCGGGCGGUGCGAACAAUAACAACAUCAACAACAAUAACAACGGCAACAUCAACGUUGGCUCCGCCGGACUGGGGAACAACAACAAUAACAACAACGCACAACCGUGGCGUUCGAGUGGAUCUCAGCAGGCGAACAUUCGCUCGGCAGCGGACACCUGGGGCUCCGGCUGGCCCUCAUCCGGCGCUGGCGCCAACCUGUGGACCCCACUGGACGGGCCGACCGAGCGCGGCACGCCAUCCAACCUGAACUCGUUCCUGCCGGAGAAUCUGCUCGGCGGUGAGCUGAACUGAGUGACGUCCACCGGCAAGUUUGGAGCAGCGACCACCAAGUGAGUCAAACAAAACAAAAAAUCGUGAAUAUCAUCAUCGUGAAAUUAAAACCGUACUAUGAGCGCUGAUUUAAUUAGUUUUUAGUGUAAGAGCAUGGCGUUUACUGUUGCGCUGGAGCAGCAGCAGCGGAAAAAAAUCAAGAAGCAACAACAAACAAACACAAAUACACCCACACACAGGUCUUAACUCAAACGUGUACAAUAUCAGGAAUAGUGUUUGUACAACAGCGAUGCGAAAGAAAUGAUAUUUUGUACAAUUUUAUGUUUUGCUAUUGGAAACACACAAAAACAAAGUUUUUUAGGGGUAGUAUUGUGUAAUGUUUAGCAGUGAUGUAGCGGUUAAGACUUUAUUACCUGACCUUAUUUUUGUUAGAUUUUUUUUAUGUUUUAUAUGCGCGUAUUAAAAGUUUCACUUUACUAAAAUGAAUUACGCUCGAUUGUGCGGGGAUGUAGCGCGUACAGUCGAGUUUGCUUUAAUACAAACGAACGCAACACGUACACACUCAUGAAGGAACACCGAUAAUUGCAAUGAUAGAUUUGUUAUGUUUUCUUUUUUGUAUUAUUUAAAUACCUGGCACCAUCGCAUUUACUCGCAUAAAAAAAACUCAAAACAAAACAAGAAACUUGAUGAAUAUUUGAUAUGAAAGCACAGGGAAUCAAUAACAGCGAUCUCACAAAGUAAGGGGCCAAUCAAAAGAGAGAAAAAACAAAAACUUAUUGGUCUUUCCUAAAUAGAGGUGGAAAGACCAGCAAACCAAAACCUAAAAUCAAGCGAAUGUGCAUCAUUUUCUGCGUGAAUCGACGCGGGAAUACGAUUUGUGGUUGUGAUUUAUUUUUCGCGCGUGAGAGAGGAACUUGAGUUCCAAGCGCAAAUCCAGUUAGCCAAAUCUUUAAACUGGGAUUUAGAGAGAGAGCGGUUUUGCGCGAAGCCAAAUAACGCUACAAAGUGUACCCUCUUUAGUGUACCACCCCUGAACACGUUUACACUUCCACACGCUAAAAAUUUUCAGUUCAAAUACAUAUCAAACUGUAACAAAAACAAAACAAAGGUUGGGAGAGCGAGAGAGGGAAAUACUCCUGCCUGCCUCUCACCACUACCAUUUCCCACGCUCUAAUCGUACUAGAAGUGUAAGUGUAAAUUAAGGAAUGACUUGUUUCACUCUUGGAUAUUUAUUAUCUUUGUUUGUUAUCACGUAAGCAUGUUUUUUUACUUUCCUUUUAACCUUAAAGUUACAAAUGCAUUCCACUGAAGCUUAGUUUUGUUUCACAUUAUUACGAACGAUGCAAAUUGAGAUGGGGAGAGAGUCGCGUGAAUUUGCAUACAAAUAGCUACUUACUAAUACAUAUAUAAAUGAUGAAAAUCCUAAAGCAAUAUACUAUAAUAAAUAUGCAAGAGACAAAAUACACGUAUGGAAAAUUAAUGUUAAGCUUUAGAUUACAACGGACAAAAUGUUAUUUAUUUUUCUAAUAACGACACAGACAUACACAAAAAGAAACGAGAAAUCAUUGGCCAAAUAUGUGAUAAAGCGCUUGGUUGAAAACCAAACACUCAAACAAACAGCCUUUAGUGUUUAAAUAUAUUGGGACAAGAGAUGGAAGCGUGUGCAGCAUUGUUUUCGUUUGUUUUUACCUCUCUCUUUACAUCUACAUGAUAUAGAAGUGACUAAUCGAAGCAUUAAUUUUUACAAUCUUUCUCUAUAUAUUUCAAAUAAAACAUGGGUAAUGAUAAGAUGCAAAAAGUUGCGGUUAGGAUUAAGCGUACACAUAAUAAUCAAGUAAUAACUACUUUUAAGGAAGCGAAUCAAAAGUAUAUAUAUUUUUACUAAACAUAAAUGUUAAUGUGUAUUAGUGCUAAGUAUAUUCGAAAGAAAAGGGAAUUAUAUAAGUAUUUAUCAAACUAGCCGGUAAGAUAUCGAUGAAAUUAGCUGUAGGCGAGAAGCCAAAGUGAGAUUAAAACACACACACACACACAUUUGUCUUGCAAGAUACUUGUAACAUAUAUACAAAUACCUUAAGCAGUUGAUACACAUGGAAAAGAGAAUUCUUAGUCAGUAAGUGAACAACAACAAAAAAAAACAAAUAUUUAUAUACACAAACCACAAUAAAUGGAAACUAUUUAAAAAUCUCUAUAUAGGAACUUUUUCAGUGUUUUAGAAGAUAGCAUUAGAUGUGAAAGCAACGUCGCAUUGGACGUUACAAGCAAAACAAAAAAGUCUUUACCAACCGAAGAAAUUACUAGCAACUAGUGUAAAUUGAGCAACGUACUAAACAAACCAAGGUCUGCACAACGACCGCUGCAAAUGGCUGCCACAGUCGGGCCCCAGUUGCAGCGGUUCAUUUCCUUUUUGACGAGCAGUGAGGAUAACAUUUUUACAUAUUAACAACACAGAAAAAAAAAGUCAUGACAAUAUUUUAGUAAAAACAAAACAAAACUUAAUUUUAAACGAAAGCGUGAAAACGGCAGCACCAUCAUGCAGCAUUUCGAUAGCCAAUCUCCCACAGCGAAAACGUGAAAAAAAUUGAAACUGAUUUACGAAACUCUGCGGAACAAGAAACAAAAAAAAAUAAUUAAAAAAAUAAAAACCAGCAACAAAAGCUGAUCGUAUUGAGUAGAUCCACACUCUCUGUGCAAUCGACUGAAUCUUUUCCUUACAAUUUGAAAAAUCAUUUGCAUUCGGCAGAUUCCCUGGAAUCUGCUCGCGCAAACUAUUAACACACCAUCUGCGUAACGGGGCCCACGUGGCCACACGGCAGAACAUUUGAAACCCAAGCUACCUGAAACAAGGGAAAGAGCGCAUGACGAAAAUCAAAUUCCAGGAAAAAAACAAAACUAAAAUCCACAAUAAUUAGAAAAUGACAACUACGCGCUGCGCAGAGGCUGGCGGGUGUGAGGGGUCCACCGAAGGAGACCAAACUUGUUCAAAAUUCUAGUCAUUGAUUUCGGAAAGUACUAGCAAAAAUGAUAACUUAGUGGAACUAAUUUCAAAUUUAAACCUUGCAACUUGCUUUAAACAAAUAACAAAAAACAACUCUUUAACAAACAUUGGUGGACCCCUUUCGCUCCCAUUCCCUUGCUGACAGCGCGCACAUUUGUUCAGAUUCUGUGAUCCAUUUUGGUCGUGGAGAUGAGGAAGCUCACCUGAGAGGUUAAAUUGAAAAAUAAACUAAAAUAUAUAGCAAACCAAAUCAUUUCCUCUAACUGUACGCGCGAGCUCGCGCGUGUUUGUGUGCGUAGCGCAAUUAGUCCAAUAAACAGAGAAUCUAAGAUUAUGACACACACAAACACACACACUGGAAGACAGCAAAUCUGUGACAACAUUUAAACACGUAAGCCGUAGCCAAGGAGCAACAAAAAAAAAAGGAGUGGUCUUGUAGCGCAUUGUUCUAUAUAUCUAGAUAUAUUUUAGUCGGUAAGCCCCAAGUGUAAGGAAGGGAAAAUUGUCAUAAAAAAGGUGCUCUCGUAAUGUAAAAUCAUUUAAAUACAAUACAGUAAGGUGAAAAUUUAAAAGAAAAAAACACAAAAAAAAGAUUUAGUGGUGUAAGCAAUCAUUAAGUAAGUGUUUCAAAGGCUUAGUGCGUAAGGAAAACACUGUUUCAGUCAUUUCGUAGCGAGUAAGAAGAAUUUUUCUGUGACUGGCGGGUAAAUCGAUCAUGGAACGGAAAGUUAUCAGUCGAAAUUCGGCGUGCAUUUGAGUUUUUUUUGUGUCAAAAUUUUAAAGAAAUUUAUCAUCAGCCAUACGUUGAGACUUUCAAAUCUGUUUUUGUGUAACCAAAACAAUAAUGAUAGUUUAGUCAGCUUAACAAUUAUUUCUACUCCGUUGGAGGCAAAAAAAUAGCAGGUGCAAAAACAUCAAAAAACGUAGAACUACAACAACUGUGACCCUUUUCCUUUUUAUUAAAUUUGUUAGGGAUUGUUUUGUUUAGUGAAAUUAAAAAUGUAACAAUUUGCAGCAUCACAAAAAAAAUACCGUCACCAGGGGUGACAUUGGUUCUGGGGGUGAGAUUGAGUUAUAAAAAUUUCUGCAUUUUUCUAUGACCCAAUCUCACCCUCCAGACCCAAUGUCACCCCUGAUGACGGUAGACAAGAAUAUCAAUUUUCAUGAAAAAAACAAAAUAAAUCUAAUGAAUUUUCAUUUGCACAAACCGUAAACCAGGUGAUAUUAUUUGGGUUCCGCGAUAUUCUUCAAAAAUAUUGGUAAUCAAUCAAGAAAUUCAUUAAAAAAUGUUUCAACGAUUAUUCAUCAACUGCUCAUAACGUCAGACAGGACUUUUAUCAAGCUUCAUUUUAUGUACAGAAUUUGGUGAAUAUUAUACUCUUUUAUGAACAAAUCACACCGAAGAUUCAUUAAUUUAUAUAGAUUUUUAAAGGUUUUUGUCAAUCUUAGUUUCUUCUAAUAAACCCACAUUUUUUAAUAGUUCGAUUUUCAUUGCUCUUUUCAAUAAAAAAAAAUCAAAUUAAAAAAUUCUAGCUCAACUCGCCAAGAUGUCCAAAAUAGGUGUUUCAAGCCCUUUCAUAAGAAAAUUUCAAAAAUAUUUGUUCUGAAAAGAGCAGAAAUUUCACAAAAGUUUUAUUUUAAACAUUGAUAUCGCGAGUUUAAAAAAGGCCUUGUCAGAUGACAUUGGGAAAAACUUAUUAUUCACUAAGGUUCUCAAAAUGCCAAAUUAUUUUUAAAAUUCAAUUGGUUGUGAAAUUAUUAAUUUCUUUAACCCCAAAUACGUAAAUUUCGUGUUCUGCUGAAAUUACCAUUUUUUUCUUAAAUAUUUUGUGAUUGUUUUGCACUGAUAACGCAAAUGCUUUUUUUAGUUGUUGUCCCCCAGCUUAAGAAAUGUUGAACUAAAGGUAUGCAACAGACAAAAUAUUAUUAAAAAUAAAAACAUUUCAAGGAAAUCGAUUGUCAGAUGUUUAGAAGGCUUUUCAUAAAAUUCAUUUAAAAAAAUAUACAAUUUAAUCAUUGAAUUUUUAAAUCAUGAAGUUUUUUAACUUUAGCAAAAAUCAAUCCAUUAUUAGAACUCUGGUUUACGGUAUGCUUGAGAAAUACACAAUAUUUACUUGUGCCUCAUUUAAAUUUUUUAAACGAGUUAUAAAUUUGACUUUGUUUAACACAAAAUCUGAUGAAAUUCUAGUCCACGCACUGUUUUUGGUGGAGCCUCAAAUUACAACGAAAUUUGAAUACAUUUUUUGUUAGAGAAAACAAAAACGCGCACGAAAUGAUAUGUAACUCAUUCUGAAUACCUCCUGAAUUUGAUUGAUUAACUUUAACUCUCCCAUAUAUGUAGAUUUAUUGUCAAAAAGAGAAGAAAAAAAAAAAAUGCCCGCAAAAUUGCUGUACGUAGUUUGCUGACUGUUCCACACCCACACUGGUAGUCGAUAAGUUCCAAAUCAAAACAAACAAAAAAAAUGAAUUUCAUCCAUUACAACGAAUGAUACUAUUCUGAUAAGCAUUAGCAAACUCAGCCAACAAACUAAAAGAGACAAGCAAACGCCAGAGAAAGAUGGGAAAACUGGCCUCCCCCUUUUGUGGUUAUCAGUAUAUCAAAAACAAACCAAGCAAACCAAAGAAUUUGCGCAAUGAGAAAUAUAAAACUUUUUUUUAUUGAAAAUUAACUCGUACUUGUUGUGCCUAAAUCCCACAAAAGAAACCAGUUGUAAAAGCACUCGUUGUUGCAAUUCCAAAAUGAGACAAAUUUCAGAUAAAGUAUACUUACAUAUCAUGCCAUUACACUCUUGUUAUCAGUUUCAGUAUUUAGUUCUAAUCUUACUAGUAAACAAUUACUCCAACGUGCAUUUUCCCUAAACUUCCUAAUAAAAUUACCAAAAAAAAAGCAAGUGGUUCACAUCAUCUAGAAAGCACACGACUGACCUGUGUCGAUGCAAGUCUUCUUACGUUUAGUUCAGUAAGACUAUUUAUUGUUUUACCUUUUGUUUUUGUUAGCCCCAAGUAGUAAACCAUUUUGCGAGACCAUCACACCGUGAAAUUUAAUGAUAUUUCCCCUCUUUUAGAAAAAAAAAUCUUGUUGGCUGUGAAACGUCCUCGUCUCGCCAGAAAACGGAAAUCAUCCCGGAUGAUUCAGACUAAACUAAGGCAACAUAAACACUCCCACAAACACCCUGGUUGUCACGCUAAGUUAGCUUUAAAACUAAAAGUGACUUGCUUUUUUAUGUUUUCGGAUACAAAUGCGAUGUUUUUCUCGUGCUGCGAAAAAAUACACAAUAUUUCUGUGAUUAUCAUCUUCCUUCUGACUAAAUUAAUGAUAAUUUAGCAAAGAACAAUUAGUGGUCGAGAGUAAUAGAAAUCAGCGAUGCUGGAUAAAAUUUAAGCAAACUUAAAAUAUUAUUUCUUACAUUAGAUUAACUUAGUGGAAUCGAUUAGGUUUAUUCAUUUGUAUCGAUAGUAACAGACUAACUUAUCACAAUUUAUUCACUUAGAUAUUUUACCAACGAGCUCUUUUCGAAUGAGCUAUUCAUGAGAAUCAAAAAUAUCAGAACAACAAAAAAAAAAACAAAGGAAAAAGUUCAAAAUCUGGACUAUGACAAAUAAAGCGAAUCAGUGACAAAACGAGCUGUUAGCUGGAUUGUGGCUUUAUCAAAUUGGAUUUUAUACCACAUGGAUAUUAGUUUUCAUCAUCAAGAACAUGCUUAAAUCCCGUUGAAUAAAUCCAAUUUUGUUUCAAACCUUUUGGUUCUUACACUCACAGACAAAUAGACGUAAAUCACUAAACAUUUUUAUCAGAAAUCUAUCGAGCUAGUCUUCUAGAGCCCUCCAGUUGUGAACGCAACGCACGGAAGGUAUGAAGUGAUCGUACAAAAAUUUCAAACAACUGUCAAACGCGUGGUCACAAUCAAGUGGUUAUCUCGAAAUUCAAAUUGACCGUUAAAUUCAUGAUUGAUGGAUUUUUAAAGGUAUUUACGUCUGUUUGUCUGUGGUCAAACUAAAAGGGCAACCAACUGUCCCUUUUCGCACAUCGCUCACACACAUUAUCAAAACAAUUGUUUGGAGGUGUAAGUGAGCACAUUGUAACACGGCCCUUUCUAAAAAACAAUCGUCUUCUAACAUCGAGGUUCGAGUGCCUCCAAAUAAAAAAUUAAUUUCUUUUUAAAACAAGUUCAUAAUUAUUUUUUUAAGUAUUCUUUUUAAAAUUUCCACCUAGAUUGCUCGUUAAGCUGAUCAAUAGUUAAAAAAAAAUCUUAACAAAUUAUUGAACUACCAGAAAUUCCAACAUUCCAGCCAAAAACAGCAGCAAAAGCAAUUGAAUACGAAAUCAACCUAUACCAGAGUGCAAUCAUACGAAUCGUGCCAUGCGCAAGGUAAAAUGGGGGCGCAGUGUGAUCAUAGACAAAAACAAAUCCCGCAAGAUUCACGUGCAAUCGACACUACCUACUUAUGAUCUGGCCUGAUGAGUCUGUUACUAACGUAAAGAGAGGAACCAACCAUAAACUGAACAAAAUAAAACAAACUAAAACUACAGAUCCGUCUCGUAGAGAGUACGAAACAAACAAACAAAGCAAAACAAACCGAAUAUGAAACCUGCAAGGUGCACACAUACGACAACAGAAAAGAAAGCAACAAGGUAAGGCAACUUAAGAAACCCUCGUAUACUAAUUAGGAGAAGAUUAAAAAGUGCUCAUCGUUGGAGGUGAAUCAGAACAGCCACAACGAUCCAUAUCGCGAACCAAAACAAGACAAGUGGAAAAGUCAAACAAACAAACACAAACUGAGUACACACAAAUAGAGAAAACAAAAAUACACACACAUUCAAACGUACCUGCAAAUCGAAGAAAUAAAUCAAAUCUUAAGUGAUCGGUAUCAAAAAAGAAGGGACAGAAGGAAGAGGUUAAUAAAAAUCACAAUUAUUAACCAUAUAAGGUAAGCAAAUUUUUGUUAUUGUUAACGGAUGAAGACAAAAUCCAGCAAACUAGGAAGCAAAGAGGAAGAAGAAUCAAAAGUCCACUAAACCAAGGGUGCGGAUAAUCAACGGAGAACGUGGUCAGCGUGGAUAAAAACCCUCCGCCAACAUAAAAUGGACAUUAUACGUUAACAAAUUGCCAUAAAUAUCGUUGAUUGAGAAUUUGGUGCUAAAGAAAUCUAAAGUUACGACUAAGCAUAACUUGAUUUUAAAAUAAAUUAAACCAGAACAAAUCGUGCGUUGGCGCGACGUUUAAAUCAAUAACACAUUCACUAUAGCUGAUGGUAGAUCAAGUUACAACUAGAAAACGUCAAUGUAAGCGAAUUUGCAUAUUCUUACUACCUUAAUACUAAGUGUGUGUAAUUCUAAGCGAAAACAAAUGUAACAAUUCAACUAGAUUCUAGAGGCUACUACACUGAUGUAGACAGAAAGAGAAACCAACAGCAGAGGCAAUCCACACUAACACACAUUCACAAAACGGAACAAACAGCAUAAGUAAGUGUCUAAUCGGUCAAUCCUGUAAGGUCAAUGUUUUGUGUGUGUGUGUUGCGCACGAGAAACAAAACAAAACAAAAAACCCAAUGUACACGCACACUACCAAACAAAAAAAAAGAAGGAAAAAAAGUAAAAAAAAAAAACGGUCUGUGCGUGUACGAUGGUAUUUGCAACAACGUGAAUCCACCUACGAUUUAAAAAAACAGUAUUUAUUUGAGGGACACAGAUACACUUUACACUGAAAACCACACCGACCUGGUCGGUAAAAGAGGAAGAAUGGGGUUGAAUGCUUGAGUUUAGCCUUAACGAAUGCGACUACCAAAAUGAGGGGAAGAGUUGUGUGGAUCACACACAGACAACAACAAACAACAACUAAUUAUAUCAAAGAUGUUCAGAGGAGAACGUAAAAUAUAUAAUGUAGGAAAAUGAUUAUUAGUACAAGAUACAAUAAAAUGCUAUUUAUUACUAAAAUAAAUAAUACAGAGCGGUAUAAGAUAAGAAAACUUAUCGAAAUAAAACGGAAGUGUAGGAAAAAUGCAAUAAUACUGAGUUCAGGUGAUCUAUCAUUACGGAAUGAAAGGUGUGGGUACAUAAGGCUAAGCGUAGUUGUAACAAUUGUGGAUUCCAAAAGAUGGAAAGAAGCAAGGUAUAGUUUUACAGGUAUUAGAAGCAGUGUUGAUUCAAAAGCGCAUACUUAAAAAUUGACGAAAAUUAACUGUGUUUGGCAUGGUGUUCACAACUGAAGUAAUAAAUAAUUGAGGAAAGAAAAUGGAGGAGAACAAACAAUACACUUUUUAAAAGUAGUGAUUUAAGAAAGUGGAAACUUUUUAAGAUAACAUUAUUCACAUAUUUUAGCGAAAUUAAACGAACUUGUUCUGUGGAUAAAAACACAUACACACACAAGCACAAUGUCAUUAGGCUUAGUAUCAUGGUGUAAUGGAAAAGAAGAUUCCUUAAAACUGCUUACGUUGAGUCGGGCAAUCAAAAAGUUACUUGUGGAAUGACGUAAAACCAAGAAGAUGAUAUAAAUUCUAAAUUUACACCACACUAAAGGAAGGAGUGCGAUCGAUUCAACUUGGCAAAACUAAAGAAACCGAUCUGUAGUAGUUGAUUUUAUGACGGAUUACAAGGUGAUGAUUGCAGUGAAAAAAAUAUUGAAGGCUGAUAAUGGCGCCCAGUCGUCUGUUUUAAACAUUUGGUACCACACUACAGCAACAAAAAACAAAUAGUAGCCCAUAAAUACGAACCAAGUUUGUGUAUGUGUGUGUGUGUAAAAGUGCAUAACAAACACAGUAAAAAAUCAACAAUAUGUUUGGCAUGAGCAUUCGUAGCAAAAUAUAUUACCUUAAGACUGAUUUGAACACUAAUCAAAUUGUGUACUAAGCAUAGAGCAUGAUUUAAGAUGGCAAAACCAUGGUGAGGAAGUCGUACACAAGAGUGAAGUGAAAAAAGGAAUCAUUACCCGAGGUACGGAACAAUAUCAGUGAUUAUGAAAACGCACUCACACACUAGAAGAUAAAAUAACACAAAAGUUUAUAAUUUUCGUAAGGCUAUAGAGCGUAAGCGAUCCAAAAAGUCGAAGCUAAGUGUAAAUUUCAGCUGAAGCAAAUCAAUAAUUAAAUGAAAACAUCAUAUUAUAUUCAAGUGACACCUAAAUGAUAGAAGAAAUAUCAUUCAACAUGAAAAAAGAGGGAAAUAAAGGACAACAAUACACGUGUAAGCCAUUCUUUUACGAAGACAAUUAUAUUGGACAACAAAACAGAUUAAUAAUGAUAUAUUUUAGAACCACUGUGUAAUAUAUUUUAUUUAAUACAAAUAUAAAACGUAAGGCCACACAAAUACUGCGAAAGUUACUAAACGUAACGAAUAUCUAAAACCAACACCGAGAUCAAUAGAAAGUUAGCAGAACAACAAUAAAAUGCAACAAAACUGAUCACAAUUCAAACCAAACUGAAUUUAAAUGAAACCGAACAGCAACAAAACAAAAGCAUAACAUAACAAAUCGUACUACAGCUAAGCAACCGAUAUUUAUGUGAGAUUUUAAGAUUUCUAUAAAGAAACAACAGAUUAACGAUGUAUUAAAUUUAAGCAACACAACUGUCCAAACCAACUCCUAUUGCUUCAUGUUCCUCUUGACAAAACAAUGUUUACUCUACAACUACAAAUAUACAUGUCUUUUAUCUUCCCUCACAUUGAAAAAUUAUGACUACAAAACACACUCAGAAUACACAUAAAAACACUCUCAAACAAUUGCUAAUAAAAAUACGAUUCGUUCUCACACACGUUUAGCUUAGAUUUUUCGCCAAAUAAAUAGUAACUUUAAAUUCGAGCAGCAAAGACCACAACAUUCGGAUUCAAUGGUUGUACCUUAACACAAAAUCACUACUACUCACACAUACCACAAAAACACACACAUACACCUGCGAAUGCAUUAUAAAACUGUGACGAAGUGAAACACUCAGAAUCAAACAAAUGCAUUUCAUACUGAACGAAAAGAAAACAGCAGUAGCCAAAUAACGAAACAGAACUUUGCGGCAAACGCGACGAUACUAUCGUGUGUAUUUGAGUGUUUUAAGGUGAUGUACUUCCCCGACAAGGCAAAGCAAAUGAAAUAAUUGUGUGCGAAUUUGACCAAUCGAAACAGAAGAGAAGGAGAUAAAAACAGAUAAAUAAACAACAUUUACCUAGAGGUUAAGGGCAAUGAAAAGUAAACAUCAACAAAAACCACUACAGAUGAAACGAUAUACAUUAGACAUAAAUAUAUAUAUUUUCUUACAUUUGCCAGUGUGCAAAACAUUUGAUAUGAUACGUUCGAAACAGUAAAAACAAAAACAAACAAUUGAAGCAUACACACAAACACAACCACAAACACACAAAACAAAAAAAAAAGUUGAUCAACAAACGACGCUUUAAUUGAUACGAAACAAAACAAACGAGGAAUGAAAACGCAAGCAAACAUACAAAAGCGCAAGGAAAGCAAAAGCAACACAGAACAAACACAAGCAGGAAAUCUCUGAAUGACAUACAAAUUUCAUAUAAAGACGGUUUUUGUCAGAAGCGUUUGAUGAAUAUCAACACAACACCUACAACAAAACAAAAAUACCAUUAAAUAAGCAAAGAGACAAGCAAGAGAGAGCGAAGGAAACGUAAAUGAAGCGCAAAAUGCAAAAUAAAGUAAAUCGAAGGAAGUAUCCAUGUGAUGUGUAUUAAUUAAAAAAAAAACAAAACAAAACAAACAAUAUAUCUGUAAGUUUACAAUAACUUCUGAUGAGAAGAAAAUCAUUGCUAUAUUGAUAAAAACUUUAUUAAAAGAAACAAAAUACAACACUAUAAACUAUUAUAAUAUGAAUCAUAGUGCAUAAAUAUAAUGAAUAUCAGUGUAACCGUAAUUGUAUUCGUUGAAUGAAAAAUAAACAUAAAAAAGACCAAA